AUGGAGGAUGUGUUUGGGUUCGAAGGUAUCGUUGCUCCAAGGCCAAUUGAGCAUCUAGGUGAUAGUGACUUCAGUUUUGGAGGUCAACUUACACCGCCUUUGAAAAUUCAUGAGGAUGGUGGUGAAAGUGGGUGUGGUGGGAAAGUUUGGAUUGCAGGGGAGUUACUAUGUGAGUACUUAAUCGAGAAAUCGACUUCGGACGCAGUACUUUCUCGAAUGGAACGAGGUCUGGGCCAAACUGGUGAAUUUGAGAAAAUUUUGGAACUCGGAUCUGGAACUGGGCUUGUGGGAAUUUGUUUAGCUCUUUUGUGUGAAACUCGAGAUUUAGAAGUCUAUGUGACCGAUAUUGGCGGUUUAAUUGGGUUAAUGCAACGAAAUAUCGAUCUCAACGGUGUUUGUGCCAAAGUUCACGCUAAAGAACUCAAAUGGGGCGAUCCAUUGGAACCAAAAUUUCAACCUGAGGCAGGUAAACGUAAAGUUGACCUAGUUCUCGCUGCUGAUUGUGUUUAUCUGGAAAAAGCUUUUCCUUUGCUUGAAAAGACUUUGUUAGAUCUAACUUCUUGUGACGAUCCGCCCAUGAUACUGAUGAGCUGCAAGAAGCGUAGGAAGGCUGACAAGCAUUUCUUCCAGCAGAUAAAGAAAAACUUCCAGGUUAUUGAAAUCCAAGAUUUUGCCAAAUUUGAAAGGUAUUUGGCCCAGAGGACUCGUCUUUUCCAAUUGAAAAGGGUUCACAAGAAACCGUUGAUGUUUUCUCGUUAA